ACUGUAUACACACACACACACGCAUUACGAAGAGCGCCGAACGACACACACUUUAUUUAUGAUUCUCAGAAGUGUCACUGCCUGCCUUUUCUAUACAUGGCUUUUGUUUUGCUAUGUUUUUCGAGCUAAACGAUGGCAGUUUGUUAGGAGCUGCGGUUGAAGAAAAAAAUCUGUCAUUUUUCUUGACGGGUCGGAGGCACUGCGAUGCCCUCUGAUUUCACAUCGCUUUUUAGCGCGGAUAUCGACCUCGAUUCGCCCAAGUCACUCUACUCCAAAGAGUCAGUAUAUGAUCUUCUCCCGAAAGAGCUGCAGCUGCCAACGUCUGGAGUGCAGAGCGCAGCCGCUAUGAGUCAGAAAAGUGGAGGAGAGGCUGGACCGCCGCCGGCAGCAGCUCUCGCCGCAGAUGCCUCGUCCGCCUCUUCUGCUAUGAGCUCUGGAAGUCCGCGGAGUGCUUUUCCCACCUCAGCAUCAGAACGAAGCACCGCACACGACAGCGGCUCAUCAGGAGAUGUCAGCAGUCGAAGGAAAUCGGAGGCUGUGGAAAACAAGCCCUCUGGCCGAGAUAAAGGUGUCCAGCAGACCCAGAUGACCCCCUCCAAACGGCCUGUCCUCAACAUCUCGCCUCCACCCGAGGACCUGUUCGAUGACAGCCACAUGUCCUGCCAGGAUGAGCUGCUUCUCGACUCGGAGCAGAGCAGCAGCAUCUGGAUUGAGAACUCAGUGUCUAACUUCAGCAUUGUGAGCUCCAGCUCCUACAACGACAACACUGAAGUGCCCCGCAAGGCCCGCAAAUGUACCCCGCGACAGAAGCCCGGACCGAAGCCAGUUUCUGCUGAGGAGGCCAGCAUGGAUGUCUUUGAUGCGGACAGUGCCAAAGGUCCACACUUUGUGCUUUCACAACUCGGCCCAGACAGCAAGACCUCUUCGAAAGCAAGCCCUGAUGGACCACAAGUAUUGGCUCUCAAAGGUGGGGUACUGUCUUGUCAGUAUCCUCAGAAAAGUGAAGGGAAAGAACUGAAGAUUGUGGUGCAGCCUGAGACUCAGCACAGAGCGCGUUACCUGACUGAAGGCAGCCGAGGGUCGGUCAAAGACCAAACACAGCAGGGGUUUCCUACUAUCAAGCUUGAGGGUGUGAAGGAGUCAGUGGUCAUGCAGAUCUUUGUGGGCAAUGAUGCCGGACGUGUGAAGCCUCACGGGUUCUACCAGGCUUGCAGAGUCACUGGCCGAAACACAACCGCUUGCAGGGAAGUGGACAUCGAAGGCACAACAGUCAUCGAAGUGCCAAUGGAUCCCAGCAGCAACAUGACUCUGCCUGUGGACUGUGUGGGGAUCCUGAAGCUCAGGAAUGCCGAUGUGGAGGCCCGUAUCGGGGUGGCCGGGUCUAAGAAGAAGAGCACCCGUGCCAGACUGGUGUUUCGAGUCAACAUCCCACGCCCCGAUGGCUCUGCGCUCACGUUACAGACCUCGUCGUCUCCCAUACUGUGCACCCAGCCUGCAGGAGUACCUGAGAUUCUCAAGAAGAGUUUACACAGCUGUUCGGUUAAAGGGGGGAAUGAAGUCUUUAUUAUUGGAAAAAACUUUCUCAAAGGAACCAAGGUCAUAUUUCAGGAGAACGCUUCAGCAGAUGAUAAGUCCUGGAAGGCAGAGGCUGACAUUGACAUGGAGUUUUUCCAUCAGAAUCAUCUUAUUGUCAAAGUCCCUCCAUAUCAAAAUCCAGAUAUCACAUCUCCUGUAUCUGUUGGUAUCUAUGUUGUCACGAAUGCUGGACGUUCACAUGAUGUUCAACAAUUUACAUACACUCCAGAGCCAGCGGUCGAUUCUUCUGUAAAAAAGGAAGACUUGCCUCCAGUGACACCUUGUUGUUUUGAACAAAUUAAAGUAAUUGAGACUGCCGUGAUGACACCAGGCUUACCUCUUGUUAAACGAGAAGAGGCCACCCCGAUGGAGGUCACCAGUAACCCCUCGGCCUUCAAGCAGACCUCUGAAGUCAUCAAUUCAGCCCAGCAAGCCUUAGACAUGAGUACUGAGAUCUCCACCAAUAACUGCAAAUUUUCCAGUCCAUUGGCACACCCAACAAGAGAACAAGAUCAAUCUCAGAAUUCAGUCUUUUCCAACAAAGAACCUUUCAGCACCAUCCAGGAACAGAAUCUAGCAUCCAGUGGCUCUUUCCAUGUGCCUAAUAAAUCUCUUCUCCAGCAAGGAGUUCAGCCAUUCCUCCUGGAACACAGAGACAGUCUUGGACAGGAGAUGCCAGGCAGCAGUGGCAGUUCAGUAGUGGGUCUUUCCCAAUUAGAUGACAAUCCGCAGCAACAGCUCUCUCUUCUACCCCCAGAUGAGGUGGCCCAACUGGAGCAGGCCGUGCGGCAGCUGCAAGCGAAAGGAUACUGCGGCAUACAACUCCAGAGUGAGAAUUCACUGUCUAAGCAAAGACAACAUCAGCUUCAACAGCAGCAACAGCAAAUCCAACAACAGCAGCAUCAAAUCCACCAACAACAGCAGCAAAUUCAGCAACAGCAGCAGCACAUCCAGCAUCAAGAGCAGCAAAUCCAGCUGCAGCAACAUCAGCACCAUCAGCAGCAAGCUCUGGAGAACCUUCAACAUCAGCUCUUUCAGCCCCAGGUUCAAAUUCACUGUAGUUCAGAGCAGCAGAGCUCCUCCCAGGGUAUGGUGCAGAAUGGAAGUUCCCUUUUCCAGCCCACCCCAUCCCAACAACAACAGCAGCAGCAGCAGCAGGCAACCUUGUUCCAACAAGGAGCUGGGUUUCUUCAGCAGCAACCCAGUCAUUCCUCUCCUUCCAUGUUCCACAACACUACAGCCAUGACAGAAGCUCAAAGCCCUCAGGAGUCUCUUUUCCACACACAGAAGACCUCUCCCAACCAGGAUCAGGUCCAGGCUUCCAUUUUCCAAAGCAAUCUCUCGGUUCUCAGUGGGUCCAACAUGUCUUCAGAAGCUCAGCCCUCUGCAGCUAGUAUGUUUCUUUCCCAGAAUCCUGUACCAGCUCAACUUACUGUCAACGCCAACCAGCCCCAGCAACUGACGUUCCUCACUUCCAUGCAGACAUCUCUCGAGGCGCCAUCGGUAUUUCAGACUCCAACCCAACUGUCCCCCAUUCAGCAAGGCACUCCGAUGGACCAGCAGCAGUCCCCACAGCAUGCCCAACCUGGUUCCUUGUUUCAGAGCAUCUCCCAAUCACCAAGCAAACUCACCCCUGGUCAGCAGCAGCAGGCUGGUCUACUCCUUGGAUCCUUAAACUCUUCAAUCACACAAGAGCAAUCCUCCAAUCUGUUAUUCAGUGGCCAAGUACAGAUAGGAUCAAUGAACAAUAGCAGCCUUGCUUCAUCAGAGCAACAGAACACUCCCCUUCCCUUCGCUCAGGCUGGUCUGGUCACCGUGAGGCAGCAGAAGGCAUCUGAACCAAUGACAUUUCAGGAUCAGACGGCAAUGGUGGUCAACCUGUCAUCAAAUAAGCCCAUCUUCCAAGACCAGCAGCCAAUGCAGUUGGCACCAAGUUCUGGUCCAGGCUCUUCACAGUCUGUAAAUCUCUUCAUGGCACAGUCCAACAUGCAAGGGGGAAUGACUACACAAGAAGCCCUUUUUGCACCACAGGGUGAUGUAGGCGGCAUUCAGACAAGCACUUCCUCUCCAGUGCAACAGCCUGGUCAACUCUUUCAGACCACAAUGAGUGGGAGUCUUAACCAGCCCAACCAGGAUCAGCAGACAGACCUGUUCCUCUUUGAGAUCCAGAAUGAGUGCCGUCAACUCAUGAACAGCCAAGGAUCUACACUGUCUAAUCAAAUAAUUACCAUCAGUCAGUCUGGACAGAGUCAGCAAGAGAGCGAUGGGCAAAUCCAGUCUUUACUCGGGCAGGCUAUGCCAGACCCUGGAGCUGUCCAGAGCACCUUGACAACCUCUCAGAACAUGGAGAAAAUUGAUGACCUUCUGGUGAGCCUUCAGGAGCAAGGCAAUAACAUCUCCCAUUCCUACUAGGGCCUUCAAGGAGUAGCUGCCUGAUAUUUCCAUUCCAUACUUGACUAUAGUAGGGAUGUCAAUAGUACCGACUUUGGUACUAAUCUGUACUGAAAUUUACCAGCAUAUUUCCCUUUGCAUUUUCAGUGCUGCAAAGUGGAUCCAUGAACACCAAUGAUUUUUUGUUGUUUAUGCGCUCAACACAUAUGAAUGACUACAAUGAUCAUCGCUUGAUGCUCUUCACCAUGCUUUUAAGCCAUGUUCACACUACCAGUGAACAAAGCAACAUGAUCUCAUUGGUUUUAAGUAAGAGCUAGCGAUUUCCACCCAUUUUUGGCUAUAUAAUUGACAGCAACUGUUGGUGACCAGAUGUGGGUGUGUCCAGCAACACAGCAAAGUUGAGAAUACUUCACGUUAAUGCAAAUGAACACAACACACACCAAAAGAUCUUAAACAAGACUCCCGAACCACUAAACUCUUUCGAGACAUGAGAAAAAGCAUGGUGGACAAUUAUAUAAGUAAACGAAUAAUCAUUCAGGCUGUUGCCACAAAUUGACAAGCUAAUCCUCCAUCUCAUGUGUCCAAAUCAAUUUCACUUUGAGCUGUGCCAUCACUGUUCUUUGACGUUCUACUAGGCAGAUUAAGUCACUCUUAACACACCUCACAUCACAGGAAAGUCUGAUAAGAUAAUCUUUAGAACUACUAAGAUAAUUGGGAUAUUCCUAGGAUUGUUGGAAGAGGAGAAAUUGACUCAAAAUCAGCCAAGAUUAUCUUGUGGUGUGGGCCCAGCAUAAGCAACUCUGCGGAACAUCCAUUGGCGACUUAAAUUGCCAAAAUUACUUAAAAUGUCACUGGCAGUGUGAACCUGGCUUUACAUGGCUUUCAAACGUCGAAGUGUCUGUGUUUCUCUGUAAGUGCUCAAUGAAACCUGUCAAGCAAUGGUCAUUGCAGCCAAUCACAGUCAUAUCUGUGAACACAAUGGUCAAUCAGCUCUCUUUAACAGUGCUGAAAUGUAAGCAGAAAAUGGAAAUUUUUUGGAUUUCAGUACGAAUUUGUACUGAAGUUGGUACUUUAGAAAUCCCUUGAUUAUAAAUAUUUCUUGCAGACAUAUUGGAUUUUUGGGUAUGCUCUAUUUUUAAUAUGUUGGAUAUAGGAGAAAUUUAUCUUAUACCCCUUAUGGAGCAACACUAAGUUGUCACAUGUACAAAGAGAACGCAUAUUUGCCUGUUGACAAAUUUGGCAAAAUCUCUUGAAGAAUCACAACUAAAUCCAUUGGAUACAAAUUCUGAACCGCAAUUUGUUUGCACGAAUGCAGAACCCAAAGGAAAACCCCAAAAAGUGCAUGAACUAGUGGUUCUGCAACCCCAUCAUGAAUAAAGCAGGCACUUAAUAUAUUGAAGUACCUUUAAAGGACCUGUAAAUCUGAGGCAUGCAGUCCAAGGACUUAAAAUGUUGCCUUGAGUAUAUCUAAAUUGACAAAGAGAGCUUUUUGAGAAGAUCAGGACACAUGGGAUGACCGCAGUUGUGCCUGAACAUGAUCUGCAGACACCACACUUUCUCACCGAGCCUUGGGUAACUUUGUGAGGUCUAUUUUUAGCAACAUAUAAUCAAGAAUGCCUGAUAGAAGUAGUCUGAAGAGUGAGAAUUGUAUUUUUAACACAUUUUCUAUUAAAACCUUUUUGUCCCAGUACACUUGGGCAUCUAUAAGCUAUUAAAAAACUUUAGUUAAACGGGGAAAGAAAAUAUCAAAAUGUGUUUUGCAUUUUCCUCCUAGCACUUUAUAUAUAUAUAUAUGUGUAUUUUCAGUGUGGUUAGUUGCUUCUGUCUCAUUGAUUUCAUCAAGCUUUAUCUCAGUGUUUACUGUUUAAAUUAUUUUGUCCUUUAUCUCUUUAGAUUCUCUGUGUAUUUUAGACUAAUUUGUAUAAUAUUACAGAUUAGAAAUAUACAUUCCAGGUAAAACAUCAGACAAGCAUCAGCAAUUUGAAAAACAAAUAGCUUCUUAUAUUUAUUUUUGAUUUUGGUUUACAUAAGUCAUUUCUUGCCAUCUCAUUUAGCUUGCUGUCUGUUUUGCAUGUACGAGUAUCCUAUAUAUGCGUGUGUGACGUUAUCUCAUCAUGAUAAUACCUCUAAACGUGUGUCAUUCUAAUGCUGAUUCUAAAAUAUUAAUGGUUGAUGCUCAGAAUCAAUGUAGUGGGUUAUUUUAUGUUAUUAUAUUUCCCGGUGUCUGGCACGCUGGAACAGGGCAAAUUGCUUUUAUUGGCAAAUCAGAAGGGAGUGUCCAACCAGUAUUAUUGACAAGUCUGAAUAAUCUGACUCACAGUACACACUAAUGCUGUAUAUGCUGGGGAUGCUGUGGUGAAAAAUCUAUAUUGAUUCUGAGAUUUCCAAAAUGAAUCCCUACUCUCUUGAAUGGAUUCUGAGCUUAGUGUUUAAAGGGUCACAAAACCUGUGAUCAAAUCUUUUUAACAGAUUUAUAGUUUUGAACAUAAAUUAAGUCAUCUGUUCAUGAUGGGUCGUGGUGCUGGUAGUGUUGUUAGAGGUAUCAGCUUCUACAAGUCUGUAUUGAAAUUUUAUUAAUCUUUUCAAAGUAGGUAUGUGUCUAAAUUUGAUAAAAAUCACUCUUAAAAUGCAAAAAUGUUGUAUUUUCUCAUACUUUACCCUUAAAAUUUUAAUCAGUGUGGGCCACUGACAAAUGACAGUUAAGCUUAAAGCUUUCCACGCACUAUUUAAGUUGCAACUGGAAGAGAAAAGUUUCUGACCAUUUAACAGCAGAUGGCGCUUUACAAAAAGCUGUACUCUGCUUGUGUCAAAUUCCUUAAUGUUACAAGUUUAAAAAGUUUCAAACGAAACACAAGAGUGUUCAUAUUAAUUAGCUGUUUACGUGUAUCUCCUUGCUUAAACACCAAUUUGCAUGACUCAGCUAAACACACAAGAACUCAUUCUUGUGAGCAUUUGAGUGUACAGUUAAAGACUAGCCCAGAGUACAAUCUUCUAUUAAAAACUAGCCUAGUAUGCUAUCUGAUCUUAAUAACUAGUUUAGAGCACCAUCUGCUGUUAAAUACUAGCCUAUAAUGCUGUCUCUAGCUGCUAUUAAAAACUAGCGCAGAGUGCAGUCUGCUGUUAGAAACUAGCCUAGAUCAUCAUCAUCUGCUGUUAAAAACUAGCACAGAGGGCAGUCUGCUGUCAAUAACUAGCCUAGAGCGCCAUCUUCUGUUAAAAAACAGCCUAGAACACUGUCUUAUUUUAAUAACUAGCCGAGCACGCCAUCUUCUGUUAAAAAAACAGCCUAGAACACUGUCUUAUUUUAAUAGCUAGCCUAGCACGCCAUCUUCUGUUAAAAACUAGCCUAAAUUGCCGUCUUCUAUUAAUAACUAGCCUAGAGCUCCAUCUUCUGUUAAAAACUAGCACAGAGCGCAGUCUGCUGUUAAUAACUAGCCUAGAUCGCCAUCUGCUGUUAAAAACUAGCACAGAGCGCAGUCUGCUGUUAAUAACUAGCCUAGAGCGCCAUCUUCUGUUAAAACAAACAAGCCUUAAUUGCAGGCUUCUGUUAAAAACUUUCUCAACCACGUUCCUGGAUGACCACCAACACUGCAUGUUUUGGAUGUCUCCUUUGUCUAUUACACCUAUUAUAGCUCUCUCUCAUGUUAAAAACCAGCACACUAUCUGCUGUUAAUAACUAGCCUACAGCACCAUCUUCUGUUAAACACAAGUCCAGAGCACCGUCUGCUGUUAAAAACAUGACUAGAGCGCUGUUUGAUGCAAAUCUCAGUCUGCUGUUUGAAAACUAGCCUAGAACACCAUCUGCUGUUAAUAACUAGCCUAGAGGGCCAUCAUCUAUUAAUAAUUAGCCUGUAGCGCCUCCUUCUGUUAAAAACCUAGCCUAGAGCACCGUCUUCUGUUUAAAAAAAAAGAUUACAGCAUUGUCUGCUGGGAAAAAACUAGCCUAGAGCGCCAUCUUCUGUUAAAAAAACAGCCUAGAACACAGUCUUAUUUUAAUAACUAGCCUAGCACGCCAUCUUCUGUUAAAAACUAGCCUAAAUUGCCGUCUUCUAUUAAUAACUAGCCUAGAGCGCUAUCUUCUGUUAAAAAACUAGCCUAGAGCGCCGUCUUCUGUUUAAAAAAACAGACUACAGUGCCAUCUGCUGUUUAAAAACUAGCCUAGAGUGCUCUCUGCUGUUUAGAACUAGUCUAGAGCAACAUCUCUUCUUAAUAACUAGCCUAGAGUGAUGUCUUAUGUUAAAAAACUAGCCUAGAGCACCAUCUGCUGUUAAAAAACUAGCCUAGAGUGCUGUCUUCUGUUUAAAAUCUUGCCUAAAGUGCCAUCUGCUUUUUAAAAACUAGCCUAGAACACAAUCUUCUGUUUAAAAACUAGCCUAGAACGACAUCUUCUGUUUAAAAACUAGCCUAGAGUGCCGUCUGCUGUUUAAAAACUAGCCCAGAACACCAUCUUCUGUUUAAAAGCUAGCCUAGAGUGCUGUCUGCUGUUUAAUAGCCUAGAACACCAUCUUCUGUUUCAAAACUAGCCUAGAACGCCAUCUUCGGUUUAAAAACUAGCCUAGUGCCGUCUGUUGUUUAAAAACUAGCUUAGAGCAUCAUCUUCUGUUUAAAAACUAGCCUAGAGUGCUGUCUUCUGUUAAAAAACUAGCCUAGAGCGCCAUCUUCUGUUUAAAAACUAGCCUAGAGCACCAUCUUCUGCUAAAAACCUAGCCUCGAGCACCGUCUGCUGUUAAAAACUAGUUUAGAGCACCAUCUUCUGUUAAAAACUAGCUUAGUGCACCAUCUUCUGUUAAAUACUAGCCUAGAGCACCAUCUUGUUAAAAACCUAGUCUAGAGCACCGUCUGCUGUUAAAAAACAAGCCUAGAACGCCAUCUUCUGUUUAAAAACUAGCCUAGAGCGCCAUCUUCUGUUUAAAAACUACCCUAGAACGACAACUUCUGUUUCAACACUAGCCUAGAGUGCCGUCUGCUGUUUAAAAAUUAGCCUAGAACACCAUCUUCUGUUUAAAAACUAGCCUAGAGUGCCAUCUUCUAUCAAUAACUUGCCUAGAACGACAUCUUCUGUUUAAAAACAAGCCUAGAGCGUCAUCUUCUGUUAAAAACUAGCCUAGAGCACCAUCUUCUGCUAAAAAUCUAGCCUCGAGCACCGUCUGCUGUUAAAAACUAGUCUAGAGCACCAUCUGUUAAAAACUAGCUUAGCGCCCCAUCCUCUGUUAAAUACUAGCCUAGAGCACCAUCUUCUGUUAAAAACCUAGUCUAGAGCACCGUGUGUUGUUAAAAACAAGCCUAGAGCGCCAUCUUCUGUUAAAGACUAGCCUAGAGCAUGUCUACUUUUUAAAAACUAGCCUAGAGCACCGUCUUCUAUUAAUAACUAGCCUAGAGUGCCAUCUUAUGUUAAAAAACUAGCCUAGAGCGCCAUCUUCUGUUAACAACAAGCCUAUAUGCCAUCUGUUGCUAAUAACUAAGAAUCAAUUCACAAGAAAAUAGUGAUGAAUUUUGAAAAUAUCAGAAUCGAUGCUGAAUCGAUUUCUCUGACGAUUUUUCACCACAGCUGUACUUACAAUUGUUAGGAUCUAAAACUAUAAGCCAAUAAAUAGCCAUCAUCAACUGAAUGCAAAGUCGAAUCUUUGAUCUACUUUUCAAAUAAAAUGGCCAGUUUUGUGGCUCAGUCGGUUCAAUGUCUGUAGAUUUUUGGCUAUGAAGUGAGCUUUGAAUGUAGAGAAACAUUAUUUGAGGUAAUGUUUGUGUUUUAGUGACAGACAUGAUGUACAGCUGCCAAACUAGCUAAUAUGCUAAUGUGAAGUUAGCUGGCAGAUUGUUAGCAUAUGGUGGGAGCGGUUCUCUGUAAUGUCACAGAAAUGAUUCGUUUGAGCCUGCUCUGUUUGGUCUUCAAAGUCAAAUAUUAGACCAUCUUCUUUGCUCAGAAACUUGGGUGAUUUUUAAUGCCUACUUUUUAGUAGAGACCAUUUUAUGCUCGAUGUUUUUUGUUGGAGACAUUUUGUUUGAAGGGUGCUCUCGUAUAUCUCUGCAUGGGGAAGAACUGUGAAAAGGAACUGGAAACUGACUUUUUUGUGUGAUUUGUCUUCAUCUCUGUAUGAUACUAAUUGUAUUAUUUCUCCUAUAAUACUCAAUAUUUAUGUGAAUAUUUACUUUUACACUAUACAUCUUUUUAGAAGAUAUUUAUUUUUGUGUCUCGAGAUAUUUUCACAUUAUAGAGUCAAUGCCUAUGAUAGAUUUGGAUUAAAAUGCAUAAUUCUAA